AUGAGUAACAGCUACUACUCCGAUUCGGAUGACCUUGACAUACGAGUCUCGAGGCGUCGGGCACCGUCGCCUUCACAGGUUCACUAUGUUGAAGCGAGAUCGAGACCCAGUAGGAACUAUUACCCGUCAGCAGGUCAACAGCCUAGCUUCUUGGCUCCUGAGCGCACAGUCAUAACCACUCGCACUCGGUCAAGAGAGCGUUCCCGUGAGCGCCAUUCCACUCCACCGGGUCCCGCUCCGGCUUCCAUCUCCGCUCCGGCCCCGGCUCCUGUAAUUAUCAACAACCGUAUUUACAACGAACAUUCUUCCGAUGAUGAGGACGACCGCCACAUGCAGGUCUACCACAGCCGUCACCGUUCUCACUCCCGUGGUCACUCAUCUCAUUCCCGCUCACCUUCAUCCUCUUACAUGACCCGGGAGGAUUAUGAGGCAGAACGGGCUCGACAAGAGCUGGCGGAACUCAGAAUCAGUCAGGCUCGUGAGAAAGAGGAACGCCGGGUUCAAAAGGAGUUCCGGGAGGAAGCUGAGCUCCAACGUGCCAAGCGCGAUCUCGAAGAUAUCCGAACCCGGGAGGCUCGCGCUGCUGAAGAACAGCGCUUCAAGACCAAGAUCGAGCUGGAAAAGUACCAAGAGGACAUGCGGAAGGCAGACUUAUCCAAGAAGCGAGAAAAGGAAGCUGCCGAUGCCGUAGAACGCUACAAGAGAAAGGAGGCAGAUCGACUUACGCAAGAGAAGAAGGAAAAGGAACAGCGUGAAAAGGAAUUUCAGCAAAGGCUCAAGGAAGAGCGUCAAAAGGAGCUGGACAAGCUAGCCAGGGAGAAGAAGGAGAAGGAGGAGCGCGAGAAGGAGUACCAAAGACGUCUCCAGGAGGACCUACGUAAAUCAGGUCUUGACGACAAGGCUAUUGCUGCCAUCCUCAAGAAGGAGAAGAUUCCGGAGCCACCGCGACAAAGACCAGCCCAGCAUGAAAACGCGCUCAUUGCUGGGAAUCGCCCAACCUACACGCGUAUGGCACGGAAGCAUCUUUCGAUUGAAACCUUGCGAACAUAUCAGGUUGAAUGGGAAAUGGAUGUUGAUCCUGAUUACGUCCUCAUCAGACGAUGGGUGCCGGAAUGGGAGCAAGAUACCCUUUGGAGACACACCAGGUCGAUUCGUGAGAAGCGCUCAUCCAAGCUCGUACUCGAGAUCGAAGACAAGAAGUCGCACCGCCACGAACCAGAGUUCGAAUGGGUCAGAAAGAAGAGUGACCGGAAGAGAAGCAAGUCACCCGCGCUCCUCAUGUACCUUGCGGGAGCGAAACCGGCAUGA